UCUGACUUGUGGGAAGUUGAAGAAAGUUCGCUGACUUUUGGGACACUUUGUAAGGUCGCGAGUUGUCGUUUUGGCCGCGUGGCACAGUUCCGCCGACGGUUCGGACGGGGUUUUCCCCCUUUUUUUCCUGAGUACGCGUGCGACCUCCGCGGGCGAGCGGACGGAAGAGGCCGUCGUGGGGGCUAAUAAAGGUAGCCGCGAGAAAGCCAGCGGCCGUCGACGGUGACGGCGCUCGAUAGCGGUCGCUCGGAUGGAGCCCGCCCGAGAUAAACUCUAGCAGAGGAAAGUUUUGGACGGUAACGUCAGCAUGGCGACGGCGACGUCACAGUCGCUCAACUUCAACUUCCUGCACCGCUUGUGCAAGCUGGUGGUCGUGCUCUGCUUCCUGCACAUCUCCGUCACGCUCUUCUACUACGUCCGCUCUCUGGACAUCCGCUCCGCCUUCGUCCGCAACCAGCAGCAGCAGCAGAACCGGAAAGACGGCAACGCCACCGAGCAUCUGGGUAACGGUACCGAGACGCCAGUAACUCCCAAAAGCUGGAAGAAGUGCCCUGAAACUUCUCCUCUGCUGGUGGGUCCCCUACGGGUGGAGUUCAACAUUCCGGUGAGCUUGGAGCGGGUGGCGCAGGAGAACCCGCACAUCCGGCCCGGCGGUCGCUACAAGCCCUCCGACUGCGAAGCCCUGCAGAAGGUGGCCCUGAUCAUCCCGUUCCGCAAUCGAGAACAGCACCUCAAGUACUGGCUCUACUACCUGCACCCUAUCCUGCAGCGGCAACAGCUGGACUACGGCGUCUACGUGAUCAACCAGGACGGAGACGAGACCUUCAACCGGGCCAAACUCUUGAACGUGGGCUACGCCGAGGCGCUGAAGGAUUACGACUACGAGUGUUUCGUAUUCAGCGACGUGGACUUGAUCCCCAUGGACGAUCGCAACAUCUACAAGUGCUUCAGCCAGCCGAGACACCUCUCCGUUAGCAUGGACAAGUUUGGCUUCAGGUUGCCUUACAAUCAGUACUUUGGCGGCGUAUCAUCCAUGAGCAAGGAACAGUACCUGAGGAUCAACGGCUUCCCCAACAAUUAUUGGGGAUGGGGCGGCGAGGAUGACGACAUCUUCAACAGGCUGGCGUCCAAAGGAAUGUCUAUCUCCAGGCCCAGCGGCGAAGUGGGAAAAUGCCGGAUGAUUCGGCACGAGAGGGACAAGCAGAACGAACCCAACCCUCAGAGGUUCAACCGCAUCGCUCACACUCGGGAGACCAUGAACAAGGACGGCAUCCGCUCUCUGUCCUACAAGCUGGUUUCCAAGGAAGCUCUGGCGCUCUACACCAAGAUCACGGUGGACAUCGGGAAACCCUGAGAAGGCUCGAUUCCCAGGCUCGAGCUAAUCGCACUUCAACAUUGACUUUGAAUGGAAAACCCGUCGCGCGGCAAAGAAAAAGCGCGUCCGGUUUGAACGCAUCCUUAGGAAACAAUGACGGAGUAUUAGGGCCACAUAAAAUAGGCUUCCAGAAAAAAAUGGUCCUAUUACGAGAUCGAAGUGGACGACUUUAUCGUCAUAAUAUUACUUUUUUCAUAAUACAUAGUCACGUAGGAAUACGACUUUUGUUUUUCUCUUAAUGUUAUGACCUAAACAUAUCAUAUCUCAUAACAAAUCUCGUAAUACUACUUUUUUUCACAUCAUAUUAUGUCCUGGGGCGGAGCUUAGGGGGGGUGCCCGUUUUGACUCAUCGCCCCUGGGCCCUGUGCCCUGUUCACAUUUGUUCCGCCACUGAUUAUGACUUAAAUCUCAAAAUAUUACAAUUUUAAUCCGGUAAUAUUACCAAGUAUGACUUCAAUCUCGUAAUAUGAUGACUUCAUUCUCCUCGCCCUAUUUUUUUUUUUUUUCUUUCUUGUGGCCCUAAUCGUCCGUCGUCAUCGGAAAGGACUCAAUCCGUGGCGAUUCAAGCGUACAGAGCCCCUAAAGGGACAUCGACAUAAAUUAAAUAAAUUUAAGCAAUGUGGUGCGCACCACAAACAAUGUGGUGAACAUUAGCAUCAUAUAACAUUUAAGCUAUUGGACUUUUGCUAUGCAAGUUAGCCAAUUGUUGUUGAACGCGGUCUAGAAACUAUCUGGUAAACAUUAGCAUUAUAUAGCAUUUAAGCUAUCGGACUUUUGCAAUGCAAGUCAGCUAAUUGUUGCAUUUUUGGCUAACUUGCAUAGCAAAAGUCUGAUAGCCAAUUUUUGUAAAUAUUGGAAUUAUAUAGCAUUUAAGCUAACUUGCAUAGCAAGUCUGCUUGCUCAAAUGCUAUAUAAUGCUAGUUUUUACAGCAGUUGGCUAACUUGCAUAGCAGAAAUCCUAUUGCAUAAAUGCUAUAUAAUGCUAAUGUUUACCAGAUAGUUUCUAGACCGCGUUCAACCAUAAUUGGCUAACAUGCAUAGCAAAAGUCCAAUAGCUUAAAUGUUAUAUAAAGUUAAUGUUUACCGGAUAGUUUCUAGUACACGUUCAAGUUAGCCAAUUGUUGUAAACAUUAGCAUUAUGUAGCAUUUAAGCUAUCGGACUUUUGCUAUGCAAGUUAGCCAAAUGUUGUAAACAUUAGCAUAGCAGCCAAUUGUUGCAAUUGGUUAACUUGCACAGCAAACGUCCAAUAGCUUAAAUGCUAUAUAAUGCUAAUGUUUUCAACAAUUGGCCUACUUGCAUAGCAAAAGUCUGAUAGCUUAGAUGCUAUGUUCACCGGAUAGUUUCUAGUACGGGUUCAAGUUAGCCAAUCGUGGUAAACAUUAGCAUUAUAUAGCAUUUAAGCUAUUGGACUUUUGCUGUGCAAGUUAGCCAAUAGUUGCAUUGUUGCAAUUGGCUAACUUGCAUAGCAAACGUCCGAUAUCUUAAAUGCUAUAUAAUGCUAAUGUUUACCAGAUAGUUUCUAGUACACGUUCAAGUUAGCCAAUUGUUGUAAACAUUAUCUUAAAUGUUAUUUAAUGCUCUCGGACUGUUACUAUGCAAGUUAGGCACUUGUUGUAAACAUUAGAAUUAUAUCGCAUUUAAGCUAGUGGAUUUAUUGCUUGCUAGUGGACAAUUGUUUUAACAAUAAACAAUUGUUUUAAUGUUGCAAUUGGCUAACUUGCAUAGCAAAAGUCCACAACUUGCAUAGCAAAAGUCCACUAGCUUAAAUGCUAUACAAUGCUAAUGUUUACAACAAGUGCCUAACUUGCAUAGAUACUAGCUUAAAUGCUAUACAAUGCUAAUGUUUACAACAAGUGCCUAACUUGCAUAGAUACUUUUGCUAUGCAAGUUAGCCACUUGUUGUAUUGUUGCAUUUGGCUAACCUUCAUAGCAAAAGUCUGCUAGCUUAAAUGCUAUGUAUUGUUAAUGUUUACCAGAUAGUUUCUACUACGCGUUCAAGUAAGCCAAUUGUUGUAAAAAUUAGCAUUAUACAGCAUUUAAGCUAGCGGACGUUUGCUAUGCAAGUUAGCCAAUAGUUGCAUUGUUGUAAUUGGCUAACUUGCAUAGCAAACGUCCGCUAACUUAAAUGCUAUAUGCUAAUUUUAAAACAAUUGGCUGAUUUUCUUUGCAAAAGUCCGAUAGCUUAAUGCCGUAUAAUGCUAAUGUUUCCAAGAAUUGGCUAACUUGCACAGUAAAAGUCCGCUAUCUUAAAUGCUAUAUAAUGCUAAUGUUUACCAGAUGGUUUUUGGUGUGCAAUGGAAACUAUCUGGUAAACAUUAGCAUUGUUGCAAUUGGAAAAUCUGCAUUGUAAAAGUCUGCUAAUUUAAAUGCUAUAUAAUGCUAAUGUUUUCAACAAUUGGCUAACUUGCAUAGCAAAAGUCCGAAACCUUAAAAGCUAUAUAAUGCUAAUGUUUACGAGCUAGCUUCUGAUGCGCCCCAGAUUGUCUAAAUUUAUUUUAUUUCUGUCGAUGUCCCUUUAGGUUCUCCGUACUAGCACAUCGAACGCCUUUCGAUUUCAUUCCAACUGCUGUCAUCGCUGGAAACCUUUUGCAUACUGUUCUUCGAACAAAUCUCUCGCGACGGAGAAACUGGACGAGCCCAAUGGUCCAAGGCGCCAACAAUCAGUUUGGGGGUGGGAUGGGAAACUCGUGACGACUGAUUGUCAAGCGCAGUUCAGCUUUAAUCACUUUGACCUGUGUGUGUGCGUGCAUGUUGGGGGUGAUUGACUUCCAACAUUAUUGAUCAGCUUUAAUCAAUACGUGAGUGCCUUUUUAAGUGUCCUUCUGACCAACGCGUGUCUUUCAAGUGUCCUUAACUCAUUUCCUGCCGUUGAAGGCAAUCAGAGGUCGGUAGCAUGUACAAAAAUUGGACUCGUGUAAGAGUAGUGUUGCUUCAAAAUAAGAUUACUCAGGUAGUUAUCAAAGGUUUAAAAAAACAAAAAAAAAAAGUGUUCGUUUAAAAGAAUACUCAAGUUAUGAGUAACUUUGUGAGUAACUGCUUACGAUGGCUGGUAUUUUUUGAUAACACUUUAUGUGUUCAUAAGACUGUCAUAAGACCAUUAUAAUUAUGACAUGACAUUGUUAUGAGCGUGAAUGAAAUCUUAUGACGGAUGUCAUGAAGUGUCAUACUUUAAAAGAUGUCACUAACUCUAUUUAUGUCCAGUCCGCAUCUUUUCCAUUCAUUUAUAAGUGACAUCAUUUGCUGGAUGACACUUCAUGACAUCUGUCAUAAGCUAGCUAGUGGCAGUGGCUAGCUAGCUAGCUAGCGGUGACGGCUAGGGUCGGCGAUCUGCUAGCUAGCGGCAGCCAGCUAGCUAGUUAGCAGCGCCUGCCAUCUAGCUAGCGGCAGCGACCAGCUAGCUAGCGGUGACAGUUAGCAUCGAUGACCAGCUAGCUAUCAGCAGUGGCCCACUAGCGGUGACGGCUAGGGUCGGCAAUCAGCUAGCUAGCAGCAGUGGCUAGCUAGUAAGCAGCGGCUGCCAGCUAACUAGCAGCAGUGGCCCACUAGCUUGUGGCAGCUAGCGGGAGCCAGCUAGCUAGCGGUGACGGCUAGCAUCAAUGACCAGCUAGCUAGCAGCAGUGGCCCACUAGCUUGUGGCAGCUAGCGGGAGCCAGCUAGCUAGCUGUGACGACUAGCAUCGAUAACCAGCUCGCUAGUGGCAGUGGCCAACUAGCUAGUGGCAGCUGGCGGCAGCCAGCUAGCUAGCAGUGACGGCGAUCAGCUAGCAAGAGGCAGUGGCCCACUAGCUACUGGCAGCUAACGGCGGCAGCCGGCUAGCAGCGUCAGGCUAGCGGCUGCUAAUGUCGGCCGGCAGCUAGUGGCUAGCUAUUGUUAAUAUAAUUGACAUUAAUUUUUACUUUUUUUAAUCGUGGAGGACCUUGGGGUUUUUUUUUCAUGAAAAAAGGUUGAAAAACACAGAUCCAGAAAAAGAAAAAAUAUAAAAUACGAAAUACGAAACAAAAUCUCAGUAAAAACAAUUCAACUUUUGCAGUUCAUUGUUUUUGGGUCAAGACUAAAGUUUUCAAGUUUCGAUAUGUAAAAAGUACCAUUGAUUUUUAAAUUUUUUUUUUAAUUUUGUAUAACCAAACUUGAAAACCAGUUAAUUUUGACCCGAACUAAAUACAAGAUUUAAAACGAUCAUAUCUCCGGUUUUCCAUGGCCAAAUAAAAAAUGGGAGAGUUUGAAAUCCAAGUAAUGUUGACUUUGUCAAAAUUUUAUUUUGAUAGCAAUUUAAAGAUGCCAUGUAAUUGAACACGCUGGCGUGACCCUAGGACUGAAACCAAAUGCAAGCUUGUGCGUGGUCAUGUGACUGUAUCGUUACUAGGGAUGUCCCGAUCCGAUCACUUGAUCGGAAAUUGCGAUCGGGUAAAAAAACAUAGGGUUUUUAAUUUUUUUUAAAAAUGUUUUUCUGCUUCAUGCUCAUACAGCGCCACACCCUUCCUAAUGCUUAGCAUUGAAGCCAAACUGUCCAUUGCAGCUUGUUUGGUACUUAAAUUUAACGAUGAUUGAGAGGUUUGUAGCUUUGAUCUUGCCAGAGAAGCUUGGUAGCGCUACGGUUAUAGGCACAAAUGUGUCAAUUAGAGGUGCAAAAAUCGAUUUAAUUAGCAAAUUAAUCGACAACUAUUUUGAUGACCAAUUGGUUGCAUAAUAUGGUCAUGAAAUAUAGUAUGGUAUAAUACAGUUCACAUACAUGAAGUUGUGCUGAGAAAAAAAAAUACCAUCUUUUUUCUUUAAAUCAGACAUAGUAAGCAGUGACUCACAAUGUUACUCAUGACGAGUAUUCUUUUCAACGAAUACUUGUACUUGAGUACAUUUUAAUGCUACUCUUACUUGAGUCAAAUUUUCAGCUACUAUACCGAACUCUGACAUCUAGCGCUGUCGAUGGCACUGAAAGAUGAGCAACAAAUGCUGAUUUUUAACUGUCUGCCAAUGACGGCAAUAGACGUUCAAUCCAUUCGAGGCGGGAGGACGGCAUCGAAAUGAACAUUCCUCGGUCGGACGCCGCGCAACUGGACGUUUAUCACCGACGACAGCAUGGAAAAAGAUCCCGGUUAACGGCGGCGAUCGUCGACCGGCUCAGAUAAUCGUUUCUCGAUUCAUCGACUUGAAUUUUGUGCCUUUGGAGAUGAAUCUCAAGAGUGACUGAAUAUUUUCACAAUCAUUGCACUUUUCUUUUAUGGUCAAAAUCUUGCUGUUCUUUGAAAAGAAUGUGACUCAUUUUGCAAAAUGAAAGAUAAUCACUUUCUGUAGAUUUGUAACUUUGGAGCUUUAUUUGACAAAACCUUUAUAAAAACAACAGUGGCUUGAAAAUAAAAUGGAUUAGUCGCUUUUAUU